AUGGCUUCGGAGGAGUCGGAAUCGUCGGUUAUGCCUGUGUUAGAUCCGUCCAACGUUCAGGGAAAACAUUCGUCUUAUGUUAAAGCGGUGACAAAUGGUCCAUCUCUCUCUGAGCACGCUUUCGACAUGGAGAUGGUGGAGGGAAAGGAAGUUGUAAAAGUCCCAGAUGCAGUAAUACAAGAUACGAUCCCUCUCUGGGAUGAUCUACUGGAAGGGCGGUUCCUAGCUCCUGCCCCACACGUUGCUAAGAUUCACGUUAUCGUGAAUAAGAUUUGGCCACUGGGAAAUCAAUCUAUCAAGAUCGAUGUGUUUCCAGUUAAUGAAGUUACAGUCAAGUUCCGGAUUAAAGAUUUGGCUACGAGGAAGAGAGUUCUACGCAGAGGUAUGUGGAACAUUGCUAACAUCCCAAUGGUCUUAUCAAAGUGGUCUCCGGUAGUAGAAGUAGAUGAGGAAGAAGAGAUCAAAGUAAUACCAAUGUGGAUUACAAUGAAAAAUGUUCCUCACAGGAUGUUCUCAUGGAAGGGACUAGGCUUCAUAGCUAGUGCGGUUGGCAAGCCGAAGAGACUGCACCCGGAUACUAUACUAUGCACAAGCUUUGAAGAAGCAAAAGUGUUUGUGGAAGCUGAUAUGACGAAGGAGUUGCCUAAAUCACAUCGGUUCAAAUCAAAGCUAGGAGUUGAUGCAGAGGUGGAGUUUAUCUACCCCUGGCUCCCUGAUAAAUGUACUAUCUGUUCCAAAUGGGGACAUACACAUAGAGCUUGCAAAUCGAAGGUCAAAAUAUUGACGAGGCAAAAUACCUCUGCGAAGGAAAGUGUUGUGCCGGUUCAGAGUGCUAACAUGGAAAACUCUCAGGCAAGUACCAAGGAGAAUACGGAGAAAGAAGAGACUGAAGAGUUUACAACAAGGAAUGUGACAAAAGGCAAAACAGAUCGUGAUAUGGAAGCAGAGGUCAUAAGCGAAUCACCGGCUGCAGAAACAAGUGCACCCGUGCAAACACGUGUAGUGGAGGAAAAUACUGAAGGGGUCUGGAAGGAUGUAUCUCCAUCCAAACAUGGUCGGCUAGGAGUUAAGCUGGGAGUACAACACACAAAUGUGAUCUCACCAUCUCGCUUUGCAGUGCUGCAAGAGGAGGGAAAAAAUGAUGUGCGGGAGGGACAAGAUGAAACAGGGGAAAAGAAGGAAAAAGAGGAAAACGAAAAGGAAGAGGGUGAAAUAACAGAGGAAAAGAAGGAUAAAGAGGGUAACGAAAAGGACGAUGGUGAAAUGUUAGAAGCCUUGACAAAUACUUUAGAAGAAGUAUCGGAAGAGAUCUCAGGAGAGGUUUCAGGGGAUGAAACUGGAACUGAUGAACUUCUCAAUCAGAAUAUAGGGAAAGCGGGGAAGUCUGAAAGAGUUGAGUGUCCACUUCGACCAUCUGUUCCUCGGCUAUCAAAAACCCAAAUCCGGUCAUCAAAGAAAAUGGCUGCCUUAAGCACAAAGGAAGGACUUCCUAGUGCAGUAGGCAAAAAACGUUCCCAAAAGAAGAAAUAA